AUGGAAGAGGAAAAACCCCGGCACAUCGGCCCAUCUCGUUCUGCCCACCGCCUUCGUCGCAACCCACCAACUGUCUACUAUUCUUGCUCGGUCCUCCCCUUCAAUUUCCAACGAGAACACUCAACGAAAAAGAUGGAGAUCACCGAUUAUAUCUUCAAGGAGCGAGAGGAGGUGCUCCUCGCUGGAGAUUAUAAUGCUUACCGGGCCCACGCCACCCGCAAGUUGCACAAACUGCACAAGAAAUUAGGCCAGGCCACGGCUAAAGGCCGCAAGUACACUGCCAAACCAGCAGUGACUGCUGAAAAGGUUGGCGACAAUGUUGCAUACGCACAUCUGCUGCUCCUCAGUUCCGAAAGAGCAUGGGCCCAAGCUAUGCAUAUGAAGUCAACACACUCCGCAGACCCAUCGGCCAAAGGCAUCUCUGGUGCUGCCCGACGCCAUAUUAUCUCUCGGUUGCAAAAGGCCUCUGGAUACGCACAACAACUUGUCUCUUUGCUUCAUGACCAGUCGACCUCUGGGGCAAAUGAUAUUGAUAUUCUUGAGGCACGAGCCUACCUUGCCACAAUAUCCGGUGCUUUGUCCCUCGAGAAGCGUAAAUGGGAGCAAUGUCUUCAUGAUUAUGCCAUCGCAAGGGUCAUCUACACGACUCUUGGCCAGAGAGUCAAGAAGGAUGCCUUCCGGGAUCUUCUUACGGGCACUGUUGACCCCAGUUUGCGCUACGCCGCUUACCAGAUGAAGCUUCCCCGUUCGAAGCCAACUUCCUCGCUUGCAAUUGAAUAUUUCCCGUCCGAUUCUGAAAUUCGGUCUGAGGUAGAGAAGAUUGAUCCCGCUUGCUUAGCCCAAGAAGCGGCAGGCACACGGAGAACCGCAGAUGGUGAGGUACAGAAACUUCCAGAGUCUGUCACCUGGAGAUCACGGACUGUCCCAUUAGAAGAUGCGUCAAUCUCCCAAGCCUUGGCCUCGGCUUCAGCUGCUCAGGCACUCCUAGGUACUUGGUUGAACGAGGCGGGUCGCUCUGCAACAGCCAAGGACCAAGCUGCCGAGUACGACAAUGUUAUCAUCGCUAGUCAGGAUGCCGUCGAUGCCACAAAGUCUGCCAUUGAUGAUCUCGCCAAUGAAGGUGUUGAUGCUGGAGACAAGCGGAUGCAAGCCCUGCAGAUAACCCGAACUUCUGUCAAUUACGGUCUUGUCGGAUGGCGAAUUGGUCGCAACCGGGUCUUGUGUGGCAAUAAGGACGGUCUGGCCUUUGAAGAUGACCAGGUCUCUGCGGCCGGCAAGAAAUCUAACCAAACCGGAGGCAAUGGCAAGAAGUUGAACCAACUUCGGGAACGAGUUGUGCUAUAUGACUCGACCUUGCAGAGCUUAGAGUUCAUUUUAGAGUUACCAGGUGUUGCUGCCGAUUCAGCUUUUGUUCAGGAUCUCAAAACCAAACAACACUAUUUCCGUGCUCUCAGGUGCUUGGCCGUUGGACGUUCUCACGGUAUUCUAGGUAAGACCACUGAAGCACUGGCACUCUUUGCGCAUGCUUUUGAUCUUAUUAAAUCCGCGACACCUCAGUCAUCCGUCGAAUCGGAGGGGCCACCACGACUUGAUGUUUCCCAAGCACAGUUUAAUGUCUUGUGUGCUACUCUCCAGGGACUGGUUGCCCGGUACCGUGGGCUUGCUACUCUGGAGCGAUUUGAUAGCGACUCCAGUGCAUCUCAGCAACGCCCUCUGGUUGAGCGCCUACAUCAAUUCGGCGCGAACCCAGAUCUGAGCAAUCUGGUACCUUAUCCCCCACAGAUGCAGGCUGUUCCUGUGAAGCCGCUCUUCUUGGACGUGGCAUGGAAUUACAUCGACUACCCACGUGUCUCAAAUGCUGAGACAGAAGCUCCUGCUGCGACUGCCGCUGAGGAGAAGAAGGGUCGGGGCUGGUUCGGCUUUGGUCGGUCUUAG